UCCAGUGUUGGAGGUGGCUGGAGAUGUUGCCACACAGGGAUGAGGUUUGCAGAGUAAACAAGUGGGCGGGGCUGUGAGCAUUCCAGCAGUUUGAAACAUGAAUAUUCCUCUUAUGAGCAGAGAAGUGGAGGCACAGCAGACAGAGGGAUGCUUUGUCCACGUCCUGCACCUUAAAUGUUGCACUCGACUCCUUCACUUCCUUCAGUCCUCCUCCAGCACAUCACCAGCUAAAUUAGCCAGGACAUGCUCUCUCUUCACUGCCGUGUGCUCCUGCUCAUCAUCACUCUACAGGGUGUGAGCAGGGUUGAGGUCCAUGGGCAGAGACGGGAGAAGAGUCCGGCUAAGAGGCUUCAGUUCUGUCACUGGCCCUGUAAGUGUGGUCAACGCCCGCAGUGUCAGCCUGGGGUGAGUUCUGUGCUGGACGGCUGUGGCUGCUGCAAGAGUUGUGCCAAACAAAUAGGAGAGGUGUGCAACGAGAGGGAUGUGUGUGACCCUCACAAGGGCAUGUACUGUGACUUCUCUGCUGACACACCCAACUUUCAACUGGGAGUCUGUGCCUACCUGUUGGGGGUUGGAUGUGACCUGAAUGGAGGCCAGUAUGAGAAUGGAGAAGCGUUCCAGCCCAGUCCUCUGUACAAGUGCACGUGCAUCGCAGGAGUCAUCGGAUGUACUCCGGCAUUCUUGCAGAAGCCUGCAGCUCUUCUGGGACCCGCCCCGUUGAUAGGAAACAAAGCAGCGAGCCUGAGUCCACAGAAACAUGCCCAGGAUACUGUCUACAUGUCAGCUUACAGGGAUCCUAACGUGGCCUGGAAGAAGAACUGUCUGAUCCAGACCACCAUCUGGAGCCCCUGCUCCAAGUCCUGUGGCCUGGGCAUCUCUGUGCGCGUCACCAACGACAACCGCAAAUGUGAGAUGACCAAAGAGCGGCGCCUGUGUCAGCUCCGCCCAUGCAGGAAGAACACCAGGAGCGGCGCUAAGGUGGCAAAAGGCAAAAGAUGCCAAGCUCAGUUCCAGGCCACAAGAGCAGAGGUGUUGAGACUGUCAGGCUGCACCAGCACCAGGAGCUUCAGACCGACCUACUGUGGCACCUGCACACACCUGCACCGCUGCUGCUCACCCAACAAGUCACGCAUCAUCAAGGUCACCUUCACCUGCUCAGGUGGCACUCAGGUGGAGUGGAAGAUGCAGUGGAUCACUUCCUGUGUUUGUCUCAAGACUUGUGCUCAGUCAGGGGACAUGUUUUCUCACCUGCAUCUCAUCUGACCUUCACCUCUCAUCAUCAGCAGUCUUCAAACG